AUGUCGGUGAAGGAAGGCGCCCAGCGCAGGUGGACAACACUCAAGGAGAAGCUGGGGCCGCAGGACUCGGACCCCACCGAGGCCAACCUGGAGAAUGCAGACCCCGAGCUGUGUAUCCGGCUGCUCCAGAUGCCCUCGGUCGUCAACUACUCGGGCCUGCGCAAGCGCCUGGAGAGCAGUGACGGCGGCUGGAUGGUGCAGUUCCUGGAGCAGAGCGGCCUGGACCUGCUGCUGGAGGCCCUGGCGCGGCUGUCGGGCCGCGGUGUGGCGCGCAUCGCGGACGCACUGCUGCAGCUCACCUGCAUCAGCUGCGUGCGCGCCGUCAUGAACUCGCGCCAGGGCAUAGAGUACAUCCUCAGCAACCAGGGCUACGUGCGCCAGCUCUCCCAGGCUCUGGACACAUCCAACGUGAUGGUCAAGAAGCAGGUGUUUGAGCUGCUGGCUGCCCUGUGCAUCUACUCGCCCGAGGGUCACACCCUCACCCUGGACGCCCUGGACCACUACAAGGCAGUGCACAGCCAGCAGUAUCGCUUCAGCGUCAUCAUGAGUGAGCUCGCUAACAGUGACAAUGUCCCCUACGUGGUCACCCUGCUUAGCGUUAUCAACGCUCUCAUCCUCGGCCCUGAGGACCUCCGAACCCGCAGCCAGCUUCGGAACGAGUUUGUCGGGCUGAAGCUGCUGGACGUCCUGACCAGGCUGCGGGACACAGAGGAUGCUGACCUGCUGAUCCAGCUGGAGGCCUUCGAGGAGUCCAAGGCUGAGGAUGAGGAGGAGCUGCUCCGGGCAGGCGGUGGGGUCGACAUGAGCAGCCACCAGGAGGUCUUCGCCUCCCUAUUCCACAAGGUGAGCUGCUCACCAGUGUCUGCCCAGCUGCUGUCGGUACUUCAGGGCCUCCUGCACCUGGAGCCCACCUGCCGCUCCAGCCAGCUGCUCUGGGAGGCACUGGAAAGCCUGGUCAACCGGGCCGUACUCCUGGCCAGUGAUGCCCAGGAAUGCACCCUGGAGGAGGUGAUGGAGAGGCUCCUGUCUACCAAGGGGCGACCCCGGCCUCGCCCCCUGGACUGGGCCCACAAGAGCGUCCAGGCUGACCUGGGCCUGCAUCAGAUGGGCAGCUGCCCCCAGAACUCAAGUGCCCCAAAGGUGGACCCGGAGGGCCAGUGGCCAGCAGCAGCAGCCCCCACCUGCCUGCAGGACACUAAGGCCUUGAGCACAAGUGGGGGUGCAGCUCUGCAGCAGACAGCUCUGGAGCCGCGGCCACCCACCCCACCACCACCGCCGCCUCUGCCACCCCCCCUACCAAGCCUGGGGGCCACGCCUCCCCCUCCGCCACCUCCACCUCCGCCGCCUCCGCCACUGCCACCCCCGCCAGGCCUGGCGACAUCGUUUCCCCUACCCCCUCCAGCACCCCCACUGCCUGGCCUCUCUGGACCUCCCCCUCCACCACCCCUACCACUCCAGGGCAUGGGGGGCCCCCCUCCACCCCCACCCCUGCCAGGCUUUCCCAUGACCGCCAUCCCACCGGCAGCAGAUGGCAUGGAGGAGGUCAUUGUGGUCCAGGUGGACCACGGCCUGGGCUCGGCCUGGGUGCCUAGGCACCGGCAGGUGAACCCGCCCACACUGCGUAUGAAGAAGCUUAACUGGCAGAAGCUGCCGUCCAACGUGGCCCAGGAGCACCACUCCAUGUGGGCGUCGCUGGGCAGCCUGGGCCCGGAGGAGGUGGAGCCCGACUUCUCUAGCAUCGAGCAGCUCUUCUCCUUCCCAGUGGCCCAACCUAAGGGAACAACAGUGGCUGCCCCAGCCAGGAAGGAGCCCAAGGAGAUCACUUUUCUGGACUCCAAGAAGAGCCUGAACCUCAACAUCUUCCUGAAGCAGUUCAAGUGCUCCAAUGAGGAGCUCGCCGCCAUGAUCCGUGCUGGGGACACCACCAAGUUCGACGUGGAGAUUCUCAAACAGCUCCUCAAACUGCUUCCUGAGAAGCAUGAAGUUGAAAACCUGCAGACCUUCAAGGAGGAUCGCGCCAAGCUGGCCAGUGCCGACCAGUUCUACCUGCUGCUGCUGGAGAUUCCCUGCUACCGGCUGCGUCUCGACUGCAUGCUGCUCUGCGAGGAGACGGCCAUUGUGCUGGACAUGGUGCGGCCCAAGGCCCAGCUAAUGCUGGCCGCCUGCGAGAGCCUGCUCACCAGCCGCCAGCUGCCCAUCUUCUGCCGGCUGAUCCUCAAGAUUGGGAACUUCCUCAAUUACGGCAGCCACACGGGGGACGCCGACGGCUUCAAGAUUAACACGCUGCUGAAGCUGACGGAGACCAAGGCCAAUCAGAGCCGCGUGACGCUGCUGCACCACGUGCUGGAGGAGGUGGAGCAGAACCACCCGGACCUCCUGCAGCUGCCCCAGGACCUAGAGCAGGUCUCCCAGGCGGCGGGGAUCAACCUUGAGGUCAUCCGCUCAGAGGCCAGUGCCAACCUGAAGAAGCUUCUGGAGACGGAGCGGAAGGUGUUGGCCUCCAUUCCUGAGGUUCAGGAGCAGUACGCUGAGCGCCUGCAGACUAGCAUCGAGGCUUGCCGGCUGCUCGAUGAGGUAUUUGCAGCCAUUGAGCAGAAGAAGCUAGAGCUGGCCAGCUACCUGUGUGAGGACACGCAGCAGCUGUCCCUGGAGGACACCUUCUGCACCAUGAAGACCUUCCGGGACCUCUUCCUCCGCGCCCUGAAGGAGAACAAAGACCGGAAGGAGCAGGCAGCCAAGGCUGAAAGGAGGAAGAAGCAGCUUGCAGAGGAGGAGGCUCAGAGGCCACGGGGCGAGGAUGGGAAGCCCGUCAGGAGGGGCGCCGGGCAGCAGGAGGAGGUGUGUGUUAUCGAUGCCCUGCUGGCCGACAUCAGGAAAGGUUUCCAGCUACGGAAGACGGCUCGCAGCCGGGCAGACAUGGAAGGGGGCAGCAAGGCUGUGGCAGACUCCGCAAGGGACCGGAAGCCUGCAGCCACCAGCAGCCCCAGAGAAGGCCCCACCCACCCCGCCUCAGAACUGGACCUUGCCUCUGCAGUGGCCAGCGAGCCCCGGGCCUGGGACCUCAUGGAUGCCACCCUACCCCACCCACAGCCCAGUGCAGAGACAGGCAGUCCUGGGCCCCUGGAGCGGCGUUCUUCCUGGUACAUGGAUGCCAGCGAUUCCCUGGCCACUGAGGACCCCCAGAACCCCCAGCCCUCAGCGGGGCCCUGGCCGGUGGCACUGGGAGAUGCUCAGGCCCCGAAGCCCCUCAGGUUCUCCAGUGACAAGCUCCUCAGCACUGCAGAUUCAGGCCAAGGGACCAGAGAGCCCACAACCCUGCAGGGUGCGUGCCAGGCUGAUGCCAACGCCUUCACACCCAGCACCAGCCUCCUGCCUGCAGGCUCCAUUGGGGGAGGGGACGAGGAGGACGUGGCCCCAGAGUCUGCGCUGGACACAUCGCUGGACAGGUCCUUCUCCGAGGAGGCAGUGACUGACUCCUCGGGGUCUGGCAGCUUACCGAAGGCCCGGAGUGCCAAGGGAACAGGCAGGAGAAGGAAGAAGCGCCCCUCAAGGAAUCAGGAAGAGAUUGCCCCUGAUUCUGACGAUGAUAAAACAGAAAGAUUCUGUGUGCUGCAAUAAGGCCCCAGGCAGAGAGCCCCUCCCAAGCCCAAAGCCAAGUGAGAGGCCCGGGGGGGCCGCUUCAACCAGCCGAGGACAGGACUUGCUGCCUGGGGGCCACUGGGCACCAGAACUCAGUGCCUUACCCAGCGACGCCUGCCACAGCCUUCUGGGAGCAUCACAGCCAGGGGCUGGCCAGCACCACACCCUCCCCGGGCCCCUGGAACCCAUCCGCACCCUGCAUGUACACUGUCCCCAGCUGUGGGGCCUCUCACCUGGGUACCCCACCCUGGCCAUGCUUCCCCACGGCCCCCGAGGCUCAGCACUCUGCUUUUGCGACUGGGCUCUUAGGCACUGAGCUUUCAGGCACAGGGCCCCCGCAGCCCUGGGAGCCGUGGAGAACAGACCCCCACUGCACUCCUUAAGGACCCCAGCCCCCAACAGCCCACCUCCUUCGACUCAGUUGGGCUGAAGCACAGAUCUCACUAAACCAUGGCUCGUUUUGAGUCUUGCUGCCCAAAGUAGCUGAGUGGGGGUAGGCGGGUUGGUGGGGACCCCAGGGCCUGAUGGCUGGCUGGCAGUGGCGUGGGCAGGCUGGGGGACCCCAUUCCAGUACACCCAGCCCCAUGGAGGUCUGUCUUUCCUGCCAUAGCCAGGACCGUCCUCAUCACAGAGAGCCGGUCCCUCUCAGGGCCUGGCCUGGCCUGCUGACCUGGGGACAGGAAGGGCCCAGCCGGAGGGUCUGUGGGUGGCACUCAUUCUCUCUGCCCCCCGCCCCCAGUGAGGGGUGCCUGCCCAAGCCCUGUCCGCUGCCCCGUUCAGGGGCGUGUGCUGCCUCAGCACUGCCAGGACUGGGGUCCCGCAGGCACUUUCCCCAAUAAAGAAGAUGUCUGGCUUUC